GUCCUGCCGCGACUGGGGGGCGAUGCGGAGGGGACCCGAGCCCGGGAGCAGCUGUGCGCCCCGCCCCGCGGGCUCCUCCCCGCCGCCGCGGCCCCCCGGCCGCUGCCCCGAUGCUGUGCGCCCGGAGCCGGGGCCGCGCCGCCGCAGCCGCAGCUGUUGGGGCGCCCGGACCGGGUGACGCCGCUGCUGUCGCCACCGCCGCCGCCAGCGCCCUUCGCAGAACCCAGCAGCCGCAUGGAGCCCCCAGACAGCGCCAACCCGGGAGAGACUGUUAAGCAUGUCGAGGUGCCCCAAGCUGCCCUGGAUGUCACAGCCUAUGGGAUGGGAGACGGCUGCCACACACCAGUGACAGAGGACGAGGGAGGGCCUACAGUCCCAGCCCCAGGGUUCCUGCAGGUCACAGAGAGAAGGCAGCCCCUGAGCAGUGUCUCCUCUCUGGAGGUCCACUUUGACCUCCUGGAUCUCACCGAGCUGACCGACAUGUCUGACCAGGAGCUGGCCGAGGUGUUUGCCGAUUCCGAUGAUGAGAAUCUUACCAGUGACUCCCCGGCAGGUCUACACCCACUGCCCCGUGCCAGCUGCCUGCGCUCACCAUCCUGGACAAGGGCAAGGGCUGAGCAGAACCGUGAGAAACAGCCCCUCGGCGAUCCAGAACGACAGGCAGCCAUUGCGGACACGUUUCUCACCAUAGAGAGGCCCAAGGAGGACUAG